UAAAGGAAUUAGAUUUUGUUUUGAAAUUUUGAAAAAAACUAGUGUUAUAAUUUUUUCUAUGUGUCACCCGUUCUCUUCAUUUAUGCACUUCUCUCAUUCGUAAAUAAAAUAAACAAGCCAAAGGAAGAGCAGAUAUUUCUGACAAUCAGCAUCAGCAUCAGCAUCUUUUCGCAAAUUGUUGUGGUAUUCCUUAUUGGGGAUUAAUUUGCAUUAAAAAACAAAUAAGUAAAUUAUUGUGAAAAUGAAUUAAGAAUAAUUGUCUGUUCACGGCGAAAGGUUAGUGGGAGUGGUUUUCUGCGAUCGGAUAGCAACUGACGGUGAUAAUUGCGAUUCACGUUUGAAGAAGCGAAAUGGGACAAACAAAGAGCCAAUUCACUGAUGAAGAGCUACAAGAUUACGAGGACUUGACAUUUUUUUCGAAAAAAGAGAUACUCCUUGCCCAUAAAAAAUUUAAAAGCCUCGCUCCCGAGAAGGUUGGCCACAACAAGAAUGCUAAAUUGUCAAUGAGCAAAAUAUUACAAUAUCCCGAGUUGCGGGUGAACCCUUUCGGUGAUCGAAUAUGUAAAGUGUUUAGCUCCAGUGAAGAUGGUGACAUGACGUUUGAAGACUUUUUAGACAUGAUGAACGUAUUCAGUGAUGCAUGCCCCAAAAAGUUAAAAGCGGAGUAUGCCUUUCGCAUUUGGGAUUUCGACGGUGAUGAUAUGCUAGGUGUCUCGGAUCUAAAACAAGUUAUUGAACGAUUAUGCGGCCCAGACAAUAAAUUAGACGAUUCGGAUAUGAAAGAGAUAAUACAUUGUAUUAUGGCAGAAGCUGAUUUCGAUGAUGAUGGAGCAUUAUCAUUUCCGGAAUUCGAGCAUGUCACUGAUAAGUCUAGAGACUUCCUUAAUUCUUUUCGCAUAAGACUUUAAAAGCACAAAAAUACAGCCGGUAUAUCUGGAAACACAAAUUACAUAUUUACAUUCAUAUUUUACAAUUUACCUAAAGUUAUACACCUAUAUAUCUAGUAUGUUCCUUGUUAUAUUUUUGAAUCUCGAAUGUUUUACAUUAAUUAUUUAUACCAUUAUUAACUACUUAUGUAUAUAUAUUUAUCAAUAACAUUUACUCGACGAAGUGAGAAUGUUGUGACAACCGAGUGAUUACGUUAAGAAAUUGCCGUUAAUUCAACUAAUUUUAUUUGUUUAAGCCAUAUAAAUUUACUCCAAUUUGAAACAACAAAACAUAUGGUAUUGUGAAGGCAUUAAAUGUAUCGCAUAAUUGUCAUGACCCAGUCCAAAAUAGUAGAAAUGGAAGAAAACGGUGCAUUUAAAAAUUAAAUAUGCUGGAACUCAUAUACUUCCAAUGAGCAUUUAUGAUAUUGUAUUGUAAUCCAUCUAUAUACAUAUGUGUAAGUCAAAUUUGAUAAAUAAAAUUAUUAAUUUACCUUA